CUCUAUUGGCGAUUGUCCAAUGCCAAAUAAUUUACCGUUGACGCUGCGUGACAACGGCGCGCAGUCGCUCAUGACUCAUCACGCAAAAACAUUCUGCGUUUUUGAAGUGUAGCCGUCGGAUUUCUAGUUAAGCCACGCGUCCACAUACUCACUGUAUAUCCGACGCGCCGUCCCCAAUGGAGCCCCGCCCUGAAGCCUGAAAACCCUCUCUUUCUCUACUGGACGCUCAUAUGGCGACGAAUUUUUACGCCGGAGCUCGAUCCGGCGGGAAAAUAGUCAAUAAAAGGCGUAGGAAAAUCACAACCCCCUACGACCGCCCCCCGCCGCCGCCGCUGCCUCCUCCUCCCCCUCCCGAAACCCCCAAUUGGCUCACCGGACUCGUCUUUCCCGCCACCCGUACUAUUGUCUCCGGCGCCGCCAAGCUGCUGUCCUCCGUCUUCAACUCCGACUCUUCUUCUUGUUCUUCAUCCUCGUCGUCUUCUGGACCUCCAGACGGCGAUUGCAUAUACGAAGAUGACAAUGAUCAUGAUACACACUCCGAAUCAUUAAAAGAGGUAAAAUAUGCUGGUAGAAAUGCUGAACAGGAUGGAGGAAUGAGUAAGAGCAAACAUUUAAUUGAGCAGCUAAUUAUGCGGGAAACUUUUACGAGGAUAGAGUGUGAUAGGUUAAUCAAUUUAAUCAACUCAAGGGUUGUGGAUCCACCUACUCUUGAUUAUGGCCUUGGGGAUGCAAUAGCUGUUGGAACCACUGUCACAGGUACCUUGGAUCCUUGCAGUCGAUAUGUUAUGGAAGCAAGGGAAUGGUUAGAAGACAAGAAAGAUGAUUUGCGCUCAAUUGCAUGCUUUGCUGAGGGGAAUUGUGGUUCAAGCUCCUUCCUAACUGAAAAUGUGGAAAAGGUAGAUGGCUCUCCUAUAUAUUUGGCAAAAUCAUAUAUGAAAGCUCGUCCUCCUUGGGCAUCUCCUACAGAACAUCUUGACAUAAGAACGCCAUCAUCAAAGAAGUCAAAGCUUUUUGAGGAAGGAACUCCUUUUCAUGCUGGUGAUGAAUUUGUGCCCUCAUCAAGGAAAAGGAGUUCUCUUUCAUCUGGACCAUGGAAUAUAUCUGAGGAAAUACGUAGAGUGCGUUCAAAAGCAACAGAUGACAUUCUACGCUCCCUCCCAUCCAAAAAAAUUGAUCUGCCAUUAUUGACUGAACGGAAAAUGAAGCAGAAUGCUGUAAUUGAUUCACGUGAUUCUGGUUCUUUGGCUCAUUUAUCCAUAAGCUCAAGACCUGCACUGGGCACUGGUAUUGGCCAAUCUGAGACCAGACAAGAUGCUGGAAAGUCUGUAACAGUGACAUCGAAUUCACGUGCAUUAAUUCCACAGGAUAAUGACCAAAUUGAAGUUGUUGGUGAAUGGCCUGCUACUGAGCCUCAUCAGCCCAAUGGUCCCGUUCUUGCCUCGGAAAAUCUUGAUGACCCUCAAUCGAAUAAUACAACUGGUUCUGGUUUCAAAGAUAUCAGCGGGUCAGAAAUGGCACACAUGGCGAAUGGCGUACCAUCCUCGGAAGCUAGAGAUGGCGGUGGAGAACCUCGGCCUAUGGAAAUUGACGCGUGCUCAGGUCACGAAAGGUCGAGCGAUGGUGUUCAUAUGCAGGUUAAGUGUGAGUUUCUGACUGAGGCCUCUAUUGAAUUAGAUGAGUCAUUCUAAUAGUUGUAGCAUGCCUUAGUAAAAUUCCAUUGCGAGAGCAACCCCAUUUUAUUAGUGAGAUUAGACUAGAAUAUGCUGCAUACAUUAGUGUAAGAUCAUCUUUGUUCUUAAUGUGUUUUUCCACAACUUAUAUUUAUAACCUUAUUGAGUUAUUGUUUCAACUUUGUUCUGUUGAAGUUGGUGAAUUAGUUGAUAAUUAGGGCUGCUAGAACUUUUGUGCUCAUCCAACUUGUUAUUAUUGGGUAUUACAAUAUAUAAUUCCAUUAUUUGGUUGCA